GUUAUGGCAAAUCCUUAAUUUUUCAUCUUUUGCCAUUGUUCCUCUUUGCAAAAUACCAUUUGCGUGAUGCUUUAAUCCGAGCACCGAGAGGUAUUUCUACGAUGUUAGUUACCUCGAUUGUCAUUGUUGUAUCGCCAUUAAAUUCCCUAAUGAGUGAUCAAGUAUUGCGUCUAAGUAUGAGUGGCAUUCGAGCGUCUAUUGUUGGUGUAAAAGAAUCGAGAAGGGAACAAUUUGACGACGACUCUGAAGACCAAAAUAUAGAUGUUGACUUCAGCGAAUGUGAAGAUAAAAAGUUACGCGAUGGUCAAUACAACAUUGUCUUUGCGCAUCCAGAAACACUUAUUUCAAGCAAAUAUGGACGCGAAUUAUUGUUAAGCGAAAUAUACCAAGAAAAUGUCCUUGCAAUCGUUAUAGACGAAGCUCAUUGUAUAUUAGACUGGGGAAGUGAUUUCAGAAAGGAUUAUGGCAGAUUAGGAGUGCUGUGUGCACUGUUCCCAGAUGUGCCUGUAAUUGCAAUGACAGCAACAGCAAGUCAGACUGACAUUAAAUAUAUUCAGGAUUCAUUAGGACUAAAGAAUUGUAAGUGUGUCACUGCCAAUCCAGAUCGGAAAAAUAUUUUCUACCAAAACACCUUUCAACAUGGUCAAGAUGUUGAUACAGUUCAAUCAAUUUUAAUCCCGAUAGCAAAGGGUCUUUUACUGGAGAAAAUAAACUAUCCAUUAACAAUUGUUUAUGUACCAUUACGAUUAUGUGGGUUUGUGUACAGGAUGUUCGAGCAUGUUCUUGGUGCUGAACAUAUUUUCCUCCCAGAUCUGCUUCAAUCCCAGCAAACCGGCUGUUUGCACAAUUUCAUGCCCCUCAAACCACACAAAUGAAAGAUGAAAUUUUAAAACAGCUUUGUUCUGGACAGAGUACUAUUCGUGUGGUUUUUGCAACUGUGGCUAUAGGGAUGGGUGUGGACAUUCCCAACAUUCGUCAGGUCAUUCAUAUUGGGCCUCCAAGUACUGUAAAGGCCUAUUUCCAGGAGACAGGACGUGCUGGCAGAGAUGGCAAACCUUCAUCAGCUCACUUGCACUACAACAACAAGGACAUUGCAAAAAAUAGGGUGGGCAUGCAAGAUGAUAUGCGUGAGUUUUGCUCAAGUGACAAUAUAUGUCUUAGGAAGUUACUGGUGAAAUCGCUCGAUUAUGAACAGGAUGCAUACAUUAACCCACUCCACCUUUGUUGUGAUGUUUGUAAGAAGCAGUGUAUUUGUUCCUUGUGCUUGAACAUUAUGGACAACCAAUCAAAUUUGCAGUAGAGGAUUGGUAAUUAUUGUAAUAAUGGAACAUGGGACUGUUUAGGUUUCAGACAAUGCAUUGUCAAUGUCAAUCACCAUUCCUCUAUUGUAAUUUUGAAUGACUGACAGGCAGGGAAAUUGCAAUUAGUGUAAAUGAUUUGCCAAUACUAUAUAUAUA